GAGAGGGAGAGCCCGCCUCCUCCCGCUGCCGGUUGCUGGGGCAGCGGCUGUCAGGAGCCCCCGAGCGGCCCCUUUAAGCGUAGCGUGGCAACGGCGCCGCGUCCGCAGAAAAAAAUCUGUGCACGAAGACUUCUUUCCGUCUUUCAGUAUCCUACAGGCAGACAAAAGUAAGUUAUUACAGAAAAAUGCAUUCUGAAUGGAAACUACUGCUUGCUGGACUGAGCUACAAAGAUCUCAUGCUUGGGAGAUGAAGAUGAUAAAUACAAAGAAAUAAUCCAGCUGCUGCCAUUGUGACUACCAAAAGGUCUUUUGUGUCAAAAUGCACAGUCUUUGAGAAAAAUCUGGAGAGCAGCUAAUUUAAAAAAAAAAAAAAAAAUGGGAGAAAGAGUAAGAAGCCCAGAUUCUGAACAAGACAGAAAAUCAGAUGGGGAUAGAAAUAGUGACUCCUAUUAUUCGGAUGAAGAUAAUGUCUCUCACUCAUCUGGCCAGUCACCCACACUAAGCUAUCCGUCUACAAGCCAAGAAAAGAGAGAUCACAAAACACAAACUUCAAACAGCCUUGUGCACUACCAAGCCACAAAGAAAUUGGGUUCCAAAUAUGCACCGAGCAAAAGAGGGACACGGUGGGGUUUCCGUUCUCAGAGCCUCACUCGGGAUUCUCCUGCGAAGGAUAUAGAUCUCGUUACAAAAAGAGUUCUUUCUGCUAGGCUGCUGAAAAUCAAUGAGCUCCGAAAUGAACUGACUGAACUCCACAUCAAACUAGAUGAGCUGCAGAAGGAAAACAGGGCGCUGAAGAGGCUUCAGCACAGGCAGGAGAAAGCCUUGAAUAAGUUUGAGGAUACAGAAAACGAAAUCUCUCAGCUCCUUGCCCGACACAGCAAUGAGAUUAGAAUAUUGAGGGAGCGCCUACGAAAAUCUCAAGAGAGAGAACGUGCCACCGAGAAAAGGCUGAAGGAUUCGGAAGACGAACUGUACAGAACAAAAACUGUCUUGCAGAAACUGAAAAAGCUGUCUGCAGAUAAGCACCUUGCCGAAAGAGAUGACCUGGCAAAGAAACUUGCCUAUGCAGAGAGCAGACUAGAGGACAGUGAAAAAAGAAUUAAGGAUCUGGAAAAAAAUCUUGAAUUAAGUGGUAACAGUUUUCAACGAGAGUUACAGUCAAAGAAAAAAAAGGUGCAUGAAGCUCAAGAAGAAAACAGAAUUCUCCAAGAAGAGCUUCAACAACUUAGUCAGAAGCUGAAGGAAAAAGAAAGAGAACUUGAAGCAAAAAAUAUAUAUGCUAACCGUAUGUUGAAGCUAUCACCAAGAAAGGACAUGGAUAUUAUACAAAGAAAGAAAGCCAACAACCAAAAUACUAAAAAAGGAGCACAGCUCACAAAAGGAGUACAGACCAGUGGAUACUUCUCACCGGUAGAAUUUCCUCCAGAAUCAGAACUUGUUUGUGGUGACACAACAAAUAAGAAAGAAGGGAUUCAUCCCAGAAUAGAAAAAGAGCCUCAAGACAUUGAAUGGAAAGAACAAGGAGACCUCCUAAGACAAGACCAAGGCAGGGAAAGGGAAGAGAAACUGAAACAUGCUCAGGAAAUACAGUCUUUAGAGGAGAGAUUUCAGAAACUGCAUGAUGAGUGGGAAGAAUAUGGUAAAAUGAAAAAAGAAAGCAGCUUUUUAUUGGAUAAAGAAGAUAAAAUGAAGAUGGAGACAGAAACACACAAACCUGAAAUAGAGAGAGAAAGUACUGAAAUGCUGGAAGAGCAACGAAAAAAAGAGUUUCUGCUUGCUAGAAUGAAUGAAAUUGAUAGAGAAACCCAAAAUGUAACGAACAUGAGACUUGCUUCUCAAACACCACUCGUAAAUACAAGAAGACCUGAUUCCCAGGACAUAAAAGAGAAAAAUGAUCAAUACGUUGAAAUUCCAGGGAAGGUUAGUAAUGGCUUUGCCCGAGGUGACAGCCAGGAUGAUGCCACAAAAGUACAAGGGCAGAAGCAGAAAAAUGUAAGGACUGUAGAAGAGUUAACAUUUGGCAGUUAUGUACCUUCCUUUGGAAAAGGAUCAGGGAGACCAAGCUGGCUAAAUCAAAAAAGUGACUACUUAGGCGAAAAUAUCAAGGAAAAUGCAGAUUUUAAUAGUAAGAAAGAAAAGAAGUCCAAUUUAAUGGAACAACUCUUUGGAAGUAGUGCCAGUACUGCCCUCCAUUCUAAAAGUAAGGACAUGACACCUUUUGACGUAGACUGGGAGUCUAGUAAUACUCUUCUUGUCGAUAAAAACAGUAAAGUCAAAGUGAAAGAAGACACUGAUCUUUUCAGUGAAGGAAGAAACCUAAACAGACACCGUCUGCAACAGACUGCACUCAAGCCAGGAGUUAAAACCCUUGGUUCUUUAGAAGAUGACGUUGAAGAAGUAAUCUUACAAUGAUCCUAUUUUAUAUUUUUCAUAUGUAAAUACUGAAAAAAAUUUUUCAUGUGAUAUUUAUUAGAUACAGAAUUAACACAUUUCAGAUGUAUUGUAAAGCCUUAUGAAGGAAUCAUUUACUUAUAAAGGAUAUCUGUAUAGAGGAAAGAUGCACUCUGGUAGUACAGCCUCACCUAUAGGCAGGAAACUUCUUGUCAAAAGUAAGAUCCAAAUGCAGCAGUGACUGUUGUGGCAGGAAGGCAGUGAAGUUGUCCUGAGGGACCUCUGAUAGCUGAGUUAGCUGCUGGCUGGCUGCUUCAGCCAGAGAAGAUGCUCUUGCUCCUUCCUGGGCUCCAGGCCUACAAACCCUGCACCCUGGGGCACCACCAGCGUUGUGCAGCUGUGGUGCAGGGUCCCAGAGGCUCCUCAGCCUCGUGCCAGUAGGGAUGCUGUGGGAAAGGAAGGCCUGGCAAAGGCUGACAGCUGUCCUGGUGCUGCUGAACCAAAACCCCUACGCACUGUGGGAGGAGCUCAAGUCCCCAUAGCACAUGCAGGGAAGUGGAUGGGGACGGCGGUGUGGGUUGCUUCUGCCAUGGGAAAAGGCAAACCCACUCGUGGGAUUGUCUUCACCCAAGGACCAGGGUACACCUGGAUAUUUCCAGCCACCCAGUAGUUGCCCAGCUAGCUCUGUCGGUAGAGCAUGAGACUCUUAAUCUCAGGAUCAUGGGUUUGAGCCCCACAUUGGGUGCCAAAAAGGAUUGUGGUGGUUUUACUCGGGUGGGCAGCUGUGUUCCACCUCAGCCACUCUCUCGUUCCCAAAAUACAACACAAAGAGCUCAAGGUUUUGAGCUCCCUUUUCCCUUUAAUUAAAUCAUCCUUAUCUCAAACCUUGAGCUCUUUGGUGUCAUAUUUUCUCCCCCUUCCUCUCUGAGGCUGUCAGACCUUCUGGUGUUAACUAGCCAAGUGGCUUCUGGUACAUUUAUGUCCCAUUGUUUCCAUGCCCCAGCACCCAAUGCUCACAGCACAGUCUUUAUCAGCCCAUUGUACCUCUCAACCUUCCCAGCAGCUUGUGGGUGACAAGGGAUGUGGUACACCCACCCAAUGCCAUGCCUCUCAGCCCAGGAGGUGACCGAAUUGUUUCAGAAGUGACUCCCCUUCUCAGACUUGAUUCUGUCUGGUGUACCAUGUCGCCACAGCACUUGCCCUUCCAGGCCCAAAAUAGUGUUUUGGGCAGUGGCAUGGUGUACUGGAGAUUUUUGCAGCCACCCAGUAGCUGUGUGGCUAGCUCAGUUGGUAAAGCAUGAGAUUUAAUUUCAGGGUCAUGGGUUUCAGCUCCACGCGGGGUGCCAAAAAGGGCUGUGGUGGUUUUACUCAGGUGGGCAGCCAAGUCCCACCUCAGACACUCUCUCACUCCCCCUCAAAGAGGAAGGGGGAGAAAAUAUGACACGAAGAGCUCAAGGUUUGAGAUAAGGAUGAUUUAAUUAAAGAGAAAAGGGAAAGGAAACAUAAAAAGGAAAAAAAAUAAAAGUAAAAGAAAGGCCGCACAGAAGCACAGAAAGGCAGUCAGUGAGCGAUGCUCGGCCAUGCCCAGGGAAGCGGCCGCCUGGAUCAGCCCCUGGCAAACAAUAGGGCUGAGUUUCCACCCCUAGGGCAGCCAAUCCCAAGGGUACUGGAUGCCCCCUCCAGCUGUGGCCUUCGUGCUGCUGCCAGAGGGCUGGAGAAAAAUGCAUUAGCAAUAUCGACUGUGGUGUACCACUAGAGGCUUUGACUCUAGUUUGUACUGAAGUUCUGGCACGUCUGGCACUACAGCACUUCAUUCAGGCCCCGAUAGUCCACCGUUAGCCUCCACUCACCAUUUGGCUUCCACACUGGCCCUAUAGGACUAUUAAAGGGUGAGUGAGAGUGGUCUGAUGUAGUCAAUCUGCCAGGCCUCACUGUGCUGAAAUCCAAGCCACCUCCCCUCCUUCUUCACUGACCUUGGUGCCUGCAAGGCUUUUUCUCACUCCCCUCUUCCUCCCAGCUGCUUUUUUUGAAGCAUUUUUUUCCCCCUUGUUUUAAAUACGCUCUCACAGAGGCACAAACAACAUCACGUUGGCCCGGCUCUGGUGGCCCUUACCUAACAUGGGGCAGCUUCUGGAUCCUUCUCACAGAAGCCACCCCUUUGGCCCCCCGCUACCAAAACCUUGCCACAUAAGCCCAGCACACCUUCGCUCUCUUUUGAUUUUUGAGAAUUACUUGACAUGCCAUUAUAGAUCAGUAAAUGAUACUCCUGACAUUGGAGCAUUGUUAUUUAUUGCAGAACGAGUUGGCUGAGAAGGCAGCAAGAUUUUACGUGGCAGCACUGGCACUGGGGAAAGCUACUGGAUGCACAUCUCUGGCUAGCCAGGGUGGGAAAGAUUUUAUCACCUGUAGGCUGCUCACAGCACGCUGCUUUUAGUUUUGAAUACUUCUUUUUAAGCUUCAGUUAUUUUUUUUCUCAGACCGCCAAAGAGCCUCUUAGCUGUGUCAGGAAAAUGCGUACGUAACAUCAGUGUCAUGAAAUGGAUAGAAGGGACUUGGCUAGCACAGCGCCACAGGCAGAUGGGAAACACUACCCCACAACCACGUUAUCUCAGAACAACCUCAACAGAGACACAACUAACUCAGGAGAAGCUGCUCUCUUUUCUGCGUAGGUUUUCUCUAGACGUUCCUACCAAACUUACCCAACACUCCUCAUAUAUUCAGGUUAUAUUUAUGAUAUAAUGACAUUUUUUGUAAUUUUCUAUGUAAAACUCCAAUCAUUGCUACAUUUUGUUUUGUUUAACAAAAUGGUUUUAUUAAAAGAGUUAAGUAAA